AUGCCUCUGCUAUACUCUCAGUAUCAACAACUGGAAGGCAAGCACAAGGAUAAAAUAACUUCGCUUGCAUUCAGCACAAAUGGCUCGUACUUGGCUGUCGCAAGUCUCGAUGGAAAGCUGUCCAUGUGGUUGACUACUACAGGAAAAAAGCUGUAUGCUGUGGAGAGUGGUCCCAGCGACAUCGCUAUGCUCUCCAUAGUGUGGAUGACACCUUCUGAGAAUCAGCUACUUUGUGGACUAGCUAAUGGCAUGGUCAUUUCUGUUCAUGCUGACAAUGAGCAAGUUACAGUAACAGGCUUUAGGGCACACAGUCACUUACCAAUUGAAUGUCUUGUUGUGCAAGGUGACUUGGUUGUAACUGGUGCACUGUCUGAAGUUUCUUUGUGGAAUCAUAGAGGUGCAACACAUUGGGUUCACCUUGGCCACAUUCAUCCCCCUCCAUCCAUUUCAGCAAAUUGUGAGGCAGAUGUCAUUGUUACAUCCUUAGCUUGGGCCCAUACUAUGUAUUCUGCGAAGACACUCCUGAUUGCAUAUCUUCAUCAUGGAAUUCUCCUCUGGGAUGCAACAAAGUCAAAGAUGGCACAUUUCCUCUAUAUCAAAACCCUUGUUGGGUCCAUGAGCAUAUCAUGGAAUGGAAAUGUUAUUGUCAUCUCCAAUCUCAACAAUGGCUUUGACAUUUAUCAUUUAGGUGACAGCACCUUGGAUGGUUUCAUCAUGCAGCCUUGCAAUGGAUUAUGGGUCCCUGUGACUUUCAUCCAUAAUGGUUAUGCUCUUCUGGGAGGAAGUACUUCUGAGCAGGCACAUAUAUGGGACACAAAGGACAGAACACUCCUGAAUACUCUUCAGCAUGAUGCAGGAGAUACUAUCCUCACUAUUGCAGCUCACUUCAACCACAAAGAUGAUCAGUUCCUCAUAGGCACUGGAGUGUACUCUCUGGAGUGA